AUGAUGAAUAAUGAGAAAAGUAAAACACCAAGUCCACAGAAUCAUUCUCCAGAACAAAGUUUAUUCAAACAUAUUCCUAUGAAUUCAAAAGUCAUUGAAAAUAUGAAUAUGUCACUUUUUCAGGAUAUUAAAAAACGACAAAUGUUGUUUAUGAAAUAUUUUAAUGCUGGUGAUGCUCAGAAAGCUGCAGAAAUAUACUCACCAGAAGGUUAUUUUAUGCCUAAUCUUGAGAAACCAUUACGUGGAAGAACUGGAAUUGAGGAAUACUUUAAAAGAGAUAUGAUUGAUGGAGCAUACAAAGUAACAAUUAUAACAGAAGAAGUAAAUGGAUCUGGAGAUUGGGCUUUUGAAAGAGGAAGUUAUUAUUUGAGUGGUAAAAAAACUGAAUGUGGUGUUUAUCUUCAGGUAUGGAAAAAAAGUUGUGGAGAAUGGUUUAUUUACAAUGACUGUUUUACUGUUCUUAAGCAUAAUACCUAA